AAUGCUCUGUCAAAUUGAUGCUGGAAAUACUAAAGAAAAAUAUUUAGAAAGAUUAACAAAUAUUGAAAUUAAAUUAGUAUCUAACUUGAAAAUUUCAAUAAGUUUUGAAAAUGAAAAACAUAUUGUAAAUUACAAUUACUUUAUUGAGAGCAAAGAUGAAAAGAUCAUUGUAUUUUAUCUAAAUAUAGACAUUACUAAUCAGAUAUUGGAAAAUAAUAUGAGACAGCAUGCUAAAGAGUUGGCAAAACAUAUCUUGUUUGAUUUGAAAGAUGAUAAAAAGACAGUUUUUAAAACUUUAUUCCAAUCUCUAUAUUCUCCUAAAGUAAAUGACAUAUCAAGUAUUUUAGCUGAUAAUAAAUUUACUAUGCAAAAGUGUGUUGAAAAUCAUACUCUACCUGGUCGAAUAUUGUUGGAAGAAGAAAGUUUAGAUCUAUUUCUUAUAAGAUCAGAAUUUGAAAUAAAUGAAAUGGUCAUAUAUCAGGAAACAACAAAUUUAACUACUUUCUUGACUGAAAAUGUUGCCAGUGAAGAGUAA